ACGUUAAAAAUCGCGCUCAUUGAAACCGCCGCUUGUGAUAAACAAAGUAACGGAUAUAUAAAGAAAAACUUCACAUACUCUUUACGUAGUCCUAAAGAAGUCACGUAAUUAUUUAGUUUAGUUUACUUACAAAAAUAAAUUAUAUCAAAAAUGAGAUCAAUAGCUAUGUUCUCAGUUGUUUUGCUGAAAAUAAUAGAUUUGAGUAACUGUUGGGUUUUCACAGAUGUGAAUUACGUGAAGUUAGCUAGGAUGGUAGAUCAUGAUGAAGAUAUGCAGCUGACUGAUGAUGAACUGAGAAAACUGAAAUUCAGUUUGAUAUACCCAGGUACAAAAUGGUGCGGUCCUGGGAACGUUGCAGAUGAUUUCGACGAUUUGGGUGUCGCGAAGGACACAGACAUGUGUUGUCGCGCACAUGACAACUGUCCAGGCGUGAUACCGGCUGGAGAGACCAAGUUCAACCUCACUAAUGAAGCAUUCUAUUCAAGAUUGAGUUGUGAAUGCGACGAAGAAUUCCGCCAGUGUCUUCACAAGGUCGACUCGAAGGUGUCCAGUCAAAUCGGCUCCAUAUACUUCAACGCCCUUGGUCAGGAGUGCUACAGGAAAGACUAUCCCAUCAAGUCUUGCAGAAAACGAGGAGGGUGGCUAAGCCGAAAAUGCCUGGAAUACGAAUAUGACAAGAACGGCGAACAAAAAUAUCAAUGGUUUUACGUCCCAAAUUACUGAUGAGGUGUGUAUUUCUGUGAUAAUAGGUAUUGUAGUUAGAUUAAUGUUAUAUUUGUUAAUUUAUUGUUUUGUUUAGUAAUUUAUUGAUUGUGUGUCGAUUAUUUUCAAUCACGGAAACAGUGCUAUUUGUAUAAGAUUUAAUUUAACUAUGGUAAGAACACAAGUGUGUCGUAUAUUCAGUUUUUUUUUUAUUAGGCAUUAAAAUACUUUGAAUACCAAUUUAAUAAGCUAAAAUAUGUUUUGUCUUCUGUCAAUGUUAAAUAUUAUGAAGUGUGAUAGUGACAAAACAUAUUUUAGCAUAUAGUGUGUUUAACUUUUGUAUGAGCAACGGGGUAAGACUUUACUACAAUAUCCUGAUGUUACAUCGUAAAUAUACUUUUAAAAAAGGGAAAUGAAGUUGUUAGUGUAGUAAUUUUUAGAUUUUAAAUUAUUAUGUUAUGUGCAGGUUUUACAUUUAUUUUAUUUAUGUCUAUUUACUAUAUUCCAAAUGGCCCCCGAUUUGUAUGAGGAAGAAACAGGGAAGACAGUUCAGUUGAGAAAUUAAAAUAUGGAGGGUCGUUUUGUGGGUGUAAAAAUACAGUAAAUAAAGAAGCGGCAUUUGUAUUA